AUGUGGUAGUGUUAAAAGUAUAGUAGUCCUACCUGCGUGCAGACAUUCGCUGUUUCAAUCUUACCUUUGUGAACGGUCCACAGAAAGAAAAGAAUAUUAGGGCCUACUAUUAGGGGUUUAUUAUUUCUGGUCAUGUUACACGUUGGCUUGUAAAAUUGAUAUCGAAAGCCGUUUGAAUUGGUAUUGUUGUAUCGAUAUCUUGGCAUUUUAGACUUAUCGUCUGCGAGAACUUGAUGGCGUGUCGCUUGCAUGCUCUUUUUGUGUUGUCAGUUUUUAUUUCCGAAGUGUCACUGCUGUCUCAGGUUACAGAUGCCAACAAGAAGCGGCUAUGGUGGGGAAAGUACUCAUUCGAUACCCAGUCUGAUGUGAGCUCACCUAGUUCCUCCGCCCCUGGCGGUGAGCACAUUAACCAACGGUCCCCUCGUGACGACUCUGACCAUAUGCAAGCCUACCGAUCCAUUUCAGAUUCCAGCGCCUCCACGUUUAGGGCUGGCCAUUCCAGGACGGAACAAGAACCUAAAUACCAGAAGAUCUCUGAAAAUAGUAAUUUGUGGGAAGAAUCCGAUUAUCGCCCCUUUCGUGGGCUUGAUACGGAGGAUACCUGGCUAGAUAAGACGAAUCGAAUGUCAGAAGAGUGUUCUUGUGACGAGAAGUUGAAAGAGUUGGAAAAAAAAUUGUCAGAGCUUCAAGAUGACAGUAACAGACUGAGUGCUAAAGUCUGGGACACGGUGGAUGUGGUGCAAAGCUUGGUCAAAGGAAACUCCAAGAUUGGAAAACAAAAACACAUCAUCUCAUUUGCUGCUCAAGCCGCCUCCAACAUUCCUUAUUUAAAAGACACGGAAGUGAUAGUAUUUGAUGAUGUCCUGGUUAAUAACGGAGCAGCCUAUGAUGCACGUAGUGGGAUUUUCACAGUGCCAGUGUCUGGUGUAUAUAUAUUUACAGCGACCAUUGUCUCAGGCUUCAACAGCACGAUUGAAACGAUGCUGACGAUGAACGGACAGGAAGUGGCCAGGAUAUACUCCGGGGCUUACAAGAACAGGGGCUCCGGCUCCAACGCUGUGCUCCUCAACUUGAAAGAGGGCGACGAGAUCUGGGUGGCCCUGUUCUAUGGCAACGGAAACUACGUGCAUGGGAAGUGGAGCAGCUUCUCUGGCGCCUUAAUAGAAACGUAUUGAGAUCACUGGAAACUCUUGCAAGAGUUAUCUGUCUUUUUAGGGAUCUUCCAUUUAUGAAGUCCCAGACGUGAAAAAAAUAAAGGAAAUGAAGUGCUUUAAACAAAUACACACACAAACACAACAGUUGAAGACAGGAAAUAAGGUUAGGCAGCUAUAUACAUGUAGUAACAAAAUUUGUAGACAUAUCUUUAGAUAAAAAAAAAUGUUUUAAGGCUAAUGAAGGACUAUACAAAGUAUUUUUAGGACUAUUUUUUAAGCGCAUGGAUACAAAUCAAAAGAAGCGUGAAUGUUUUUACAAUAAAUUGCUAUAGUCUCAUCACAACAUUAUUUUCAAUGAAGUGGACGAACAAAUCAUUGUUGUCCCUCUAUUUGUGAGACAAGGACAACUGAGACGUAAUAAGUGAAUGUGUAUUGGUCAGCAACGUCGUGCUCCAGCAGUGGACUUUGUUUGGACGUAGGCAACUCAAUGGAUCAUCCUGGAUCGCAAUGACAUACUGUUUCCUAUCUUGUUUAUGGAAUGCACGCAAUGAAUACUGUUUCCUAUCUUGUUUAUGGAAUGCACGCUAAAAGGGAAAAAAAUUGCUGAGCAUCUGUGUGAGUGCUGUAUCUGUGUGGUAAGUGAGCCAAUGAGUGAUUCAGAAGUAAAUGUUUCUUUUUUAUCAUAAUUUCAUCAUUUGAGGAUCUAUUUUGGGAAUUAAAAUGUUUCCAUAUAAUAGAA